AAGAAUGCUCCGGAUCUCAUGGACUGAACGCCGUACAAACGUCUCUAUUCUUGAGGAACUCGGCAUCAAAACGCGACUCUCCACUAUUUGCACCCAACGUGUGCUGGGUUUCUUCGGCCAUCUGAGCAGGACCGCACCAGAUAGUCUAGAGAAGCUCACAAUCACGGGACGCAUGGCAAGGAAGCGAAGAAGUGGAAGCAUGGGCACGCGUUGGGCAGACAGAAUAACGUCUGUGACAAAGACCACUUUGCAGGCUAGCAUGCACCGGGCCCAGGAUCGAGUGGCGUGGAGACAACUGGUGAAGAGCAUCCACAUUCGUCACGUCCCUCAGUCAUGA